AUGCGGGGGGAGAUAGAGACGCUAGAGCAGCAGCACCGGCAGCUGCUGGCAGCAGUAGAGAGAGAAAGAGAAGAAAUCACGCUGCAGCAGCAGCUGCAGCAGCAGCAGCAGCAGCAGCAACACAUGCAUAUGCAGCAGCAAAUGCAGCAGCAACAAAAACAAAUCCUUGAGCAGCAAAAACUCCUAGAAUCAACCAAUACACCACAAGCACUACAGGCACAGCAGGAGCACCUGCAGGAGCUGCAGCAGCAGCUGCAGCGGCUGCAGCAGCUGCAUGCAGACAGCAGCACGCGGUGGCGCAGGAAGCUUCGGGUGUAUAGGCAGCUCGCUCUCAACCUAAAGACAAAGCAGCAGCAGCUGCAGCAGGAGAAAACUCUGCUGCUGCAGCACAUAAAAACCAUCAGACAAGAGGGAGAAGCUGCUGUCUCUCACGUUCUUGCUGCUGAGGGGCCCCUGUGGUCGCCUAUGCUGCAGCAGCAGCAGCAGCAGCAGCAGCAACAGCAGCAGCAGCAGCAGCAGCAGAAACGGGAGGAAGAGCAGCAACAGCAGCAGCAGCAGCAGCAGGAUGAGGAGAUAGAAGAACUGAAGUUGUGUACUGAGAGGGCAAAUAUGUAUGAGUCUGCUGCAGCAGCAGCAGCAGACAGGCAGCAGCGAGUUGGCUCGAGCAGCACAUCUCACCCACUGAUGCUGCAGCAAGACAGUGCAGCAGCAACAGCAGCAGCAGCAGCAGCAGCUGCUGCUGCACCGCUGCGCCAGCUUCAGCAGCAAACCCACAUGCAUGCAGGGGCCCCUCCUCUGUCUGCUGCUGUUACACCGUUUGCAUCGCCAAGGCCCUCAGGGGGCCCCUGGGGGCCCCCAUUAGGUCCUAAGCAGCCAGCAGCAGCACCAAAUGCAGCAGCAGCAGCAAACGCAGCAGCAGCAGCAGCAGCAGCAGCUAUGGGGUUAAGGGGGCCCCAGAGCCAAUCUCCUGCAGCCGCUGCAGCUUCACUAAAGACACAAGGAAGCAUGGGGGCCCCCCUCAGGCCUGUGGGGGCCCCCGGGUCUUGGGGGCCCCCCAGAGCAGCGGGGGCCCCCACCCCCCUUUCGGGGGCCCCUAGACCCUUGGGGGCCCCCCCGCGGAGCCUGGGGGCCCCCGCGGCAGUGGGGGCCCCCGCGGCUGCAGGCGGGCGCGCGAGGGUGGGGCCCCGGGUGUCUGCGGGGGCCCCUCUGUCUGCAGGGGGGGGGGCCCAGCUGCCUAUGGGGGCCCCCGGGUAUGGGGGGCCCCCCAGGAACUUGGGGGUACUGAGGGCCUCCUCGUGGGCUUCAACAUAUUCUGCUGCUGCGGAGACAGCAGCAGACACAAAGACACAGACACCGCAUGCACACGCAAGACAAGCUGCAGCAAACACUGCAGCAGCAGCAGGGGGCCCCUCUCCUAGACCCUACUGCCCCCUACACGGAGCGCUCGCGGCGGGGGCCCCCGUGGGGGCCCCUCUGGGGGCCCCCCUAGGGGCCCCCCUGGGGGCCCCUGGGGGUGUAGGUUUAGAGGCGAGAGAAGUGCUGCAGCAGCAGCAACUGCGGAGAGCAUUCACUAUGCCUGCUGCUGGUGGUGCUGCUGCUGCUGCUGCUCCUGCUGCUGCUGCUGCUGCUCCUGCUGCUGCUGCUGCUGCUCCUGCCUCUUUAGUGUCCCGCCGCAGCACCUUAAGCAUAGAUACCCGCAAAGACAGCACGGUGUUCGCGCCUGUGCCCAUUAUCUUCCCGUUGCUGCAGCAGCAACAGCAGCAGCAGCAGCAGCAGCAGCAGGAGAGGAGAUGCAGCAGAAGAGGAGAUGCAGCAGCAGCAGCAGCAGCAGCAACAGCAAAAGGAAAGGAGAUAAGGGAGCAGCACAGGCAAAUGAGAUGCAGCAGCGACAGAAAGAACAGCAGCAGAAGAUACAGCAGCAGCAGCAGCAGCAACAGCAGCAGAUGCAGCAGCAGCAGCAGCAGCAGUGGUAGUAGCCAGAAUGUAUGGAGGGAAGCAAACACAAAGACAGACACAACCAACCAGCAGCAACCCCAAACAGCAGCAGCAGCAGCACCACCACCACCACCACACCACCACCACCACCACCACCACCAGCAUCACCAUCACCAGCAGCAGCAGCAGCAGCAACAGCAGCAGCAGCAGCAGCAGCAGCAGCAGCACCUGAAUAUGUUGAGAGAAGCAAUGCCGUUGGCGCCGCAGCGAACGUCCACCCGGACGGAGUGA